UAGUAUCCAGGAUUGUGAAAUCUUGGGAUCACUGGUAGAUUGCUAUAUGAGCUGAUUUCCUUGUCUAUUUCUGUAUACGUUCCUUUAUCUUCAUCGUUUUUGUAGGUUUAUCAAAAAAUCUCUCGCGAGCAACAGCCUCGCGGCGAUUCGAAAAGCGGGCAGCAGCAGGGCGUAGGUUGCGGGGCGGGAGGCGGGGCGGCGUCCCCUGACGAGCCGGAGGACUUGUCCCCGAUGCCGCCCCCGACGCACGCCCAGCAACCGGCGCGCAGGCGCGGAGGCAUUUCCGCAGAACCGGUCACCGAGGAGGAUGCCACCAGCUAUGUCAAGAAGGUGGUGCCGAAAGAUUACAAGACUAUGGCGGCCUUGUCUAAGGCAAUCGCCAAGAAUGUCCUGUUCUCCCACUUGGACGAGAAUGAGCGGUCGGACAUCUUCGACGCAAUGUUUCCCGUUAACUGUCUUCCUGGAGAGGCCAUUAUCCAGCAGGGAGAUGAAGGAGAUAACUUCUAUGUAAUUGACCAAGGAGAAGUGGAGGUAUAUGUAAAUAAUGAGUUAGUAACAACGAUAGGCGAGGGCAGCAGUUUCGGUGAACUAGCGCUGAUUUACGGCACUCCGAGAGCUGCCACUGUCAAGGCCAAGACGGACGUGAAGCUGUGGGGUAUCGACAGGGACUCCUACAGACGCAUAUUGAUGGGUUCUACCAUCAGGAAAAGGAAAAUGUACGAGGAGUUCCUGUCUAGAGUGUCCAUUCUGGAGAAUCUGGAUAAAUGGGAGCGGUUAACGGUGGCGGAUGCUUUGGAGCCAGUCUCGUUCGAAGACGGUGAAACGAUCGUCCGGCAAGGAGAGCCGGGUGACGACUUCUACAUAAUCGUGGAAGGCACGGCGGUGGUGAAACAGAGCCGCGAAGGUGAAGAACAGCCGGCCGAAGUGGGCCGUUUGGGACCCAGCGACUAUUUCGGAGAAAUAGCGCUCUUACUGGACAGACCACGCGCGGCUACCGUCGUCGCCAGCGGGCCGCUCAAGUGUGUCAAGUUGGAUAGAGCCAGAUUCGAGAGGGUCCUAGGACUGUGUGCAGACAUAUUGAAGAGAAAUAUCACGCAAUAUAACAGUUUUGUGUCUCUUUCCGUCUAAUGGAAUGUUAUGAAUUAAAAUUCCUUAUCAUGAACUGAUCAGCCAAAUUACAACUGUUUUUUUGGUAGUACUUUUGUGUAUUUCGUUUUUCUGUUAAAUUUAUACUAUACAUAUUAUUAAAAAGUGCUAUCAAAGUAUACAUCUGCAUAACACUGAACAUAUUUUUAUACUUUUUGACCUAAAAAAUCUGGAAGUAAUAAAUCAUUCGAGAACAUCUCAAUUUUGGUAGCACUUUUCAAAUUGUUAGAAGACGUUAAAAUUAAUAUAUUAUAUUGUAUAAAUAACAUACUUAUCUUCCAUUAAAGC